UAGUUAAUUCCUUACGAUGAAGCUUAGUUCAAUAAUCACUAUUGCCGUUUGGUUGUUUUUGGGAGUGGUCAUUGCUGUGCCAACUCUUAAGAUUCAGCCCAGACAUAUUCCCUAUGGCAUUGACGAAUUUUCGCCAUUUAUAAGGCGAAAUGCUAGCGAUGUGCUGCCUAUUUCUUUAAAGCUAACCCAAAUAGAACGAAUGGUCUUGGCCGAUAACUGUCUGCCGUUUCACAGCAAAUGCACAUUGGCAGAGCAAUGCUGCAAUUUAAAGUGCAUGAAACGUGUUCUUCGAUGCGUUAUCUAAAAGUUAUUCAAAAUAAAAUGAGAAUAUAAUGUACUUAAAAUGCAAAUAAAAAUUAAAUUUAU